UAAUGUAACCCCCUCCAAACAGCCCCGUAAAUACACACUCACCUAUAGAUACAUAUCAUACUUUCUUUCUAUUCCAACAUUAGAGAAAAGAGAUAUGCAUUGAGCUUUCACUUUUUCUCUGCUUUGUUUUGUAUCUCAUUAAAUACACAACAUUGUCACUGUUGUCGUCCUUGUUGUGGUUAGAGAGAGAAACAGAGAGAGAAGGUAGAGAGAGAAACAUUGAUCAUCAAUGGGUUCGUCGUCAGCACAGAGCAGCAGUUACGAUCUGUCAUUCAAGAUCUUGCUGAUCGGCGACUCCGGCGUUGGCAAAAGCUGUCUUCUCGUCAGUUUCAUCUCCAACUCUGUUGAAGAUCUCGCUCCUACCAUUGGUGUGGACUUUAAAAUCAAGCAGCUGACGGUUGGUGGGAAAAGAUUGAAGCUGACCAUUUGGGAUACAGCUGGACAGGAGAAGUUCAGGACAUUAACAAGCUCUUACUAUAGAGGCGCCCAGGGGAUUGUUCUUGUUUAUGAUGUGACACGGAGGGAAACCUUUACAAACUUGUCAGAUGUGUGGGCUAAAGAAGUUGAUCUUUACUCAACUAAUCAGGAUUGCAUUAAGAUGCUUGUUGGUAAUAAAGUUGAUAGAGAAUCAGAAAGGCUUGUAAGUAGAGAAGAAGGAAUUUCUCUUGCUAAAGAGCAUGGAUGUUUAUUUCUUGAAUGUAGCGCUAAAACUCGAGAAAAUGUGGAUCAAUGCUUUGCAGAGCUUGCUUUAAAGAUAAUGGAGGUUCCGAGUCUUCUGGAAGAAGGGUCUACCGCAGUUAAAAGAAAUAUCUUAAAGCAAAAACAGGAUCACCAAACACAACCUAGCGGUGGUUGUUGCUCAUAAAAUGCGAGGUCGCGAUGUGAGAGAAUAUGAAAAAUAUAAGGGCCAUUAAUGGCAGGCUCAGUUUAUCAGUUAACCAUUCAUGAUCAGUUUAUGUAUAUUGGUAAUUUCUUUUCUUUUUUUGUGUUUCUUAACACUGUUGUGCUUGAGUUGUCCCGGUAACUAGUAUUGCUGUUCUGGGAGUAUUGGCACUCAAAUAACAUCUAUUUAGCUUGUGUAAAGUUUGUUUGAUUGAUUGUUUUUCUUUUCCUUGUUACUUACACAAAUUGUAUGGACAUAAAUUUGCUUGUAUUUUAUCUGAUUUAAUGCGAGUUCUUUUUACUUAGUGAUUUGAAUGA